GAGCGGGAAGCAUAAGCAGCGCCGCAAAGGAGAGACAGAAGGGGAAAGGAGAAGCAGGCAGAGCGUGGCAGAGCGCUUGUUCUGCCGAAGGAGCGGAUUUGGGGGGAGAAAGACCCUCUUUUCCCCCCUUCCUCGCCCUUCCUAGCCAGCAAGACCCUUCUUGCGACCGACAUGGAGCCCGCAGCCAGGAAGAACAAGGCGGAGGAGGGCGAGCAGCCACAGCAGCAGCAGCAGCAGGAAAAGGAGGAGGAGGAAGAAGUGGACCCCCGGAUCCAGGGAGAGCUAGAGAAGUUGAAUCAAUCUACAGAUGAUAUUAAUCGGAGAGAAACCGAGCUUGAGGAUGCCCGUCAAAAAUUUCGUUCUGUCCUCGUUGAAGCUACAAUCAAACUAGAUGAAUUAGUGAAGAAGAUUGGGAAAGCUGUCGAAGAUUCAAAACCUUACUGGGAAGCUCGGAGGGUUGCAAGGCAGGCCCAGCUGGAAGCUCAGAAAGCAACACAGGAUUUCCAGAGAGCCACAGAGGUGCUCCGGGCUGCAAAGGAGACCAUUUCCCUGGCUGAGCAGAGGCUGCUGGAAGAUGACAAGCGUCAGUUUGACUCUGCCUGGCAGGAGAUGCUUAACCAUGCCACCCAAAGGGUCAUGGAGGCAGAGCAGACGAAAACCAGAAGUGAGCUGGUGCACAAGGAGACAGCAGCCAAGUAUAAUGCUGCCAUGGGCAGAAUGAAGCAGUUGGAGAAGAAACUGAAAAGAGCUAUAAAUAAAUCCAAGCCUUACUUUGAACUCAAGGCAAAAUACUAUGUACAACUAGAGCAAUUGAAAAAGACGGUGGACGAUCUGCAAGCAAAACUGUCCUUGGCAAAGGGUGAAUACAAAACAGCACUGAAGAACCUAGAAAUGAUCUCUGACGAGAUCCAUGAGAGGAGGCGAGCUUCUUCCAUGGGGCCCAGAGGGUGUGGUGUGGGCGCUGAAGGCAGCAAUACUUCGGUGGAAGACCUUUCAACAUGCAAAUUGGAGCCAGAUAAUAUCUCUAUGGCUUCGGAAGUGUUUGAGGAUGACAACUGCAGCAGUGUUGUAUCUGAAGAGGAUUCUGAAACCCAGUCUGUGUCCAGUUUCAGUUCUGGUCCCACGAGUCCUUUUGAUAUGCCGACUCAGUUCCUUCCUGUGGCGCGACCCAGAAGCUUGGAUCUGUCCAGCCCCGUCUCGCUCUCUGAAUUUGGCGUAUUUCCUUUAUUAGGACCUCGCAGUGAAUGUAGUGGGGCUUCUUCUCCCGAGUGUGAAAUUGAAAGAGGUGACAGGGCUGAAGGUGCAGAGAACAAGACACUUGACAAAGUGAAUAAGAACAGGAGUAGCAACGGCUCUUCUUCGGGUGGCCCAAUGUUGGACAACAGGAUGAAGCGACUCUCCCUCCAAUGCCUGAAAGUCAAAGAUGGGAUUUGUCCCGACAGAAAAACAGUACAGAUUGGAUGAAAUUGAUGCCACUUUGCAGCGAACGAGAAUUCUAACUUAUUUAUACACAAACAUCUUCUGGACGUCAGAAGGACAUUGUGCCAAUAACAAAUAUAUGCCAAAUCUCUUGAGUGUUAACUCUUUAAAACUGCACUAAGUUACAUCAGUGUUGAGGGCUGAUGCGUGUGGUGUGUUUUGAAAAAUAAAUGACAUCAUUUUGACAGAUGUCGACCACAUACAUCAUCAACUGUGCCUGUACUGCACACACUUCAUAUCUCUGUAGCAGUUUGGCAGAAGCAAUAACUCGUGCUGUGCCACUUGAGCACAGAGGCCAUGCCAAAUGGUUGCGAGGCGCAGCCGAUUGCCAUUUGGUGAGCUGAGCUGCUGUUCAGACAUACUAGAAUUCCAAAGUGCCAGUGGCAUAUCUUUUUAAAUACCUUGUUCUUUCACUGUAUUAUGUUUUGGGGUUAUGAAAAAAGCUCUUGCAUGUAAUUGAGCCUAGAAACAUCUGCUUUCUCUAGAGCUAAUGAGUGAUAGAUGAUAUCUCAAUGGUAGCAUAAAUGGAUGAAUAUUGGUGCACAUGCUGUUUGAGGGAGGGCAGGUUAACAUGAUAAUGAACCCAGUGACUGAUAUGUAAUGUAUAGUGGAAAUUCUUACCAAGGACACAUUUUCCAGCACUUUUAAAGUGAGGACUGUAUGAUAUGGUGUCCCAUCACUAGGCAUGGUUAGGAAAAGUUACGCUUACCCCUUGGCCUACCAAGUAAAAGUGGCGAGGUGUGCAUGAAAGGCAGCAUAUCUGCAAGUUAGGAUUGAAGAAUGGGUGAAUACUUUCUGCUAUCUAUGUCGGGUGUCAUGUAUAAUGUAUUUGGAUUCAUUAAAAGGGACGUAUACAUGUAGCAUCCCUUAAGCAAAAAGCUAAAUGAGACUGGAGGGUUGAAGCAUGCUUUAGUAGCAGCUGUUAGGCAGUAGAGAAGUCUGGUAGUUACACUAAUAAUAGUUAAAAUUGGAUAUUUUUUUGCUUUGGUAGUAUUUCUGGAAAUGGCAUAUGCCAUCCAAUAAUAAGCUUAUUUAUUUUCUGGAUGUUUAUUGCCCCACAGUUUGCUUGGUUUAGUUUUGUCACAUUUCCCCCUAUUAUGUAACUUAUACAUCUAUUCUGGAAACAAAUGUAAAAAAAAAAAAACCUUUCACACUACAGUAAACAUCUCCUCUUCCCCUUUUUAAUUUUGUCUACAUGUGCAGUAUGGUUACAUUAAGUGUUUUAAAUGAUUUUAGGGGAAAAAAACUUGAUAAAUGUGUUUUCUGAGCUAUACACCUACCUUCCAUUUGUUUGCUUGGCUUACAUUUCAGCUAAGGAGAUGAAUGCUGUGAGUGCCAAAUGGAACGGUAAAAUAAAGAGAAAAGUAGAA